GAACAAUUCCCACAACUUAAAGGAGUUGUUGCAGACUUUGAUGAAAAAAAGUUGGUUGUCCAUUUCUGAAAUGGGGUCAAACAAGUGCUCUCAAUACAACCAACUAAAAGAGCUAAUUCUUGGCAAGCAUGAGGGAGACAUCUAAGAAACUGGAGUACGCAAUAAAUGGUCUUGUUUCAGAGGUGGAGCAUAUAAAAGAGGUUGUGGAUGAAAAGUUUGGAGAUCUUAAAGUAAAGAUAGAAAUACUUUCUAAGAAAGUAGAUGUCUUGUUGAAGAACAAAAAGAAAAGGAUACACAAAAACACACAUGCAACCGAGGAGGCGGAGGAUGAGGAGGGAGACGUAGAGGAUGAGCAGGGGGAGGAAGACGAUGAAGAAGAGGAGGUGGUGGGGGACUUGGAGGAUGAGAAUGAGGGGGAGGAGGAAGACAGUGGUCAUGCAGAGUCUAAGAAAGAGGUGGAGGUGGAAUUGGAAGAGGAUGAAGAGACCAUUAGACAAAGAAACUGUCGAAAAUGGUCGAGGGUCGUAGAUGGUGGAGAAGCGUUAGAGGAAAAGGAAACUAAACUUCUGAUUUCAUCACCACUCGGCGGGACCCAAAUGGAGGAGUAUUCGCAAACAAAUUUGGAAAAAGCAACAUCUGAGAUGCAAGCGGUAAUUAUUGGGGGACAAUUUUUUUAUAUAAGAGCAUGAACAAUGGCAAGUAGAGAAAUGAAAUGACACACGCUGACGUGGCAUAUUUUAACCAAUAAGAAACAGUCUAGUCAUUG